GUGCUGGUAUCCUUUGAGUUCAUGCGUGUGUGUGCGAGUGCGUGCUACGGCUGCUGCUUGUCACUCAUUGUGCCGCGGUGCGAACACACGGGCAGCGACAGGGACCACGAAAGAAAAAAGAAAAAAAAAGAAAAGAAAAAAAUUAAAAAAGAGAGAGAGGAAAAAAAAUUCCGUCCGGUUGCAGUUUGUUAUUCCCGGGAGAAAAGAAAAAAGCAGCGGCUGAUAUUCCGCUUCUCUCUCCUCUCCCUCCUCCUGCCUUCACUAGAGACACCUCGCUUGUUUAAAGUGCGUCUGCUCUUCAAGGAGACUAUCUGUGACACAUUACAAUGCUUCAAAUACGGGACCUCAUCUGGGGAUUGCUAUUCAUUGGCUGUGCAGCUUCCAUUCAGGUGCAAAUCAUUCCGACACAAGGAGAGAUCAGCGUAGGAGAGUCCAAAUUCUUCCUCUGUGAAGUGGUGGGCGAUGCGAAGGACAUCGACUGGUACGCCCCCAGCGGCGAGAAGAUCCUCCCCAACAGGCCGGACAUCUUCGUGAGCCGCACCGAUGAAACCACGUCGUCCCUCACCAUCUACCACGCCAACGUGGACAGCGCAGGCAUCUACAAGUGCGUGGCGAAGAACGGGAACAAGGAGGCCCAAGCCACCGUCCAAGUGAAGAUCUUCCAAAAGAUCACCUUCGAGAGCGCUCCCAGCCCACAGGAGUUCAACGAAGGCGAUGACGCCGACAUCGUGUGCGACGUCGUCAGUUCGCCGCCACCCGCCAUCUUUUGGAAGCACAAGGGCGCCAAGAUUGAACCUCUGAAAGACGUGCGAUUCAGGAUCAUGUCUAACGGCCACCUGCAGAUCCGCGGCAUCAAGAAGACCGAUGAGGGCAUGUACAACUGCGAGGCUCGUGUCAUGGCCAGGGGAGAAAUCGACUUCAGGAUGAUGAAGGUCAUCGUUAAUGUGCUUCCCACCAUCCGUGCCAGGCAGGCCGACGUGAACGCCACGGCGGACAUCGGCAGCAGCGCUCUGCUGGCUUGUGACGCAGACGGCUUCCCCGAGCCCACCGUCACCUGGGCGCAUAACAACGUUGUCCUUGAAACGGGUGAUAAGUACAGCCUGAACGAGGAUGGCUCAGAAUUGGUAAUAAAAGACGUCAAGAAAGUGGAUGAAGGAGAUUACACUUGCAUCGCCAAGAACAAGGCGGGAGAGAAAACCGAAGAAGUCAGUCUGAACGUGUUCGUUCAACCCAAGAUUACCUACUGGAAAAACCAAACCGCCUCAGAGUUCGACGAAGAAGUCACCUUGACCUGCGAGGCCUCCGGCGACCCGACGCCCGUCAUCUCCUGGAGCUUUGGGAACAGGGUGUUCACCGAAGGAGAGCAGGCCUCUUGGACCCGACCAGACAAAUACGAGAGCCUUGAUAGAAAUGUAGUGGUGCGCAGCCACGCCCGGGUCUCCUCGCUCACCUUGAAGAAUGUCCAGUUCACGUACGCCGGCCAGUACCUCUGCACUGCGAGCAACUCCAUCGGCCAGGACACCAAGCCCAUCUACCUUGAAGUGCGCUAUGCUCCAAAGAUCCUGGGUGAAGUGACCGCCUACACCUGGGAAGGAAACCCGGCCAACAUCACGUGCGAGGUGGAGGCGCACCCCGGAGCCUCGCUGGUUUGGUUCAGAGACGGCCUCCAGCUGCCCUCCGCCAACACCACCAACAUGAGGAUCUAUAACACUCCGACCAUCAGCUACCUGGAGAUCACCCCCGAUUCUCAGAACGACUUUGGGAGCUACAACUGCACGGCCACCAAUGUAAUGGGCUCUGAAUCAAAGGAGUUCCUUCUCAUCCCAGCAGAUGUGCCAUCGUCGCCACAAAUCCAGCAAGUGGAGCCGUUCUCCAGCACGGCGGUGGUGGAGUUUGAGGAGCCGGACUCCAUGGGUGGGGUGCCCAUCAUCAAGUACAUCGUGGAAUGGCGUUUGCUGGGCGAGGAGUGGACCGGCAGGGAGUUUGAAGCCGAGGAUGCAGACAUGGCCAGCAUCACCAUCAUGGGCCUGAAGCCGGAAUCCACCUACGAGGUCAAGAUGUCCGCCAUCAACGGCAAAGGCAAAGGCGAGAGCAGCCUGUUGACCGUUUUCAAGACCGAGCCAGUCCGGUAUUCUUUCACAAUUCCACCAUCGACCCCACCCCCUAUUGCUGCCACCAGUUUGGCCCCUAAAGGGGAACCCACUGCCCCCAAACUAGAGGUGAAGGCCCAAAAGGGGGGCAACUCUUUUAAGGUCAACUGGAUCAAGCAGGACGACGGCGGUUCCCCCAUAAUGCACUACCUGAUCAGAUACAAGGCUAAGCAUGUGUCUGAAUGGAAGCCGGAGAUCCGCAUCCCCCAGGGCAGUGAGUAUGUUCUGCUGAACGGCCUGGAGUGGAACACAGAGUAUGACGUUUAUGUGGUGGCGGAGAAUCAGCAGGGCAAAUCUAAGCCUGGCACACUCUCCUUCAAAACAGCUGUACAGCCCACCACCAUCCCAGAUGCCACGGGCGGAGGCUCGGGCCUGGGCACCGGCGCCAUCGUGGGCAUCCUCAUCGUGGUCUUCUUCCUGCUGCUGGUGGGCGUGGACGUCACCUGCUACUUCCUCAACAAGUGCGGCCUCCUCAUGUGCAUCGCCGUCAACUUCUGCGGGAAGGCCGGCCCCGGCGCCAAGACCAAGGACCUCGAGGAGGGAAAGGCCGCAUUCACGAAGGACGAGUCAAAGGAGCCCAUCGUCGAAGUGAGAACAGAGGAGGAGAACACCCCGAACCAGGGAGGAGGGGGUCCCACCGAGCCCAACGAGACCACGCCACUCACAGAACCCGACGGUAAGACUGUGAAGGAUGACAACGCUAAAGGCGAGACGGAGACGAAGAACGCCACGGCCGAGGUGAAGACGGUUCCCAACGAGGCUCCGCAGACGAACGGCAACGAGAGUAAAGCGUAAUGUCCUCGCCCCCGGAGAGUGGCAGGAAGAUGAAGUGGAGGGCGGUUCGGUUGG